CUAACUACAAGGAAACGAGCCUUAUAUGAACUCACUAUUUUUAACGCAUUCAAAACUUUACAGUUACAGCUUCUUGCUUCAUUUAUCAGUUUGUCGUGAUCUAAUGCUGGAUUCAUUUCGGGUUGCUUUAUAUUUAUUUCUCUACUGAAUACAACCUCAUACACUACUCCACCGAUAUCCCCAGCUCACAAGGUACUUCCUGACUGAACGCGAACCAACCAGAGGCUGAAGUUACAUAUUAGUAGCUAAUCCUAAAUCUUUCUCCGUUGACUUCUUCCUUUGACUUUAAAAUUAUCAGAGAUUAAUGCUCCAAACGUUCACCACUGCUCCAUUUGCCAACCCUACUGAACUUAAGUUAAUCUUGUGAACUCAGUGUCGUAUCUGUCUACUUUUUACAAUGUUUUCGCUAGAUUUAUCACCCGCUACUCUCUAAAUUGCCAUACCAAGCAACGCCUCCCCAGGUUCAAUUCAAACACUUGAGUGAAUUAAACUAAAUAUUAGCCACUUGUCAUUAAAUUCAAAUGCUGUAUAAAGUUAUCUGGAUCCAGAUAACAGUGGCAAACCUUGAAAUCUGUUUAUCUGUAAAUUCUUGAAGGGUAUUCAGUAAAUGGAUAGCCUGAACUCUAAUUCCAAACCUCCUCCAAGUCCCAAAAUUGAAUUAGAUGUUCCUUCAGCGGAUAGCCGUUCAAAUGUCUCCUGUGGGUAUAACCUCCGACCGUCGGGAAGUGUAUCGUCAUUUAUUUCAUCAUUCACAGCGUCUAAAAAUGAGCUAGCGACCAAAAACUACCUGGUCGGGAGUAUAGCCGGAGGUGCUGGUUCUUUAUUGGGAAUUAAAGAACUGAACAAGAUGAUUCCGGGUAACAACAUUGAUAUCCAAGUUAUUACAUGGAAUAUGUUAUCAAUGAAGUCUCAGGGAAGUAUUAUCCAGAAGAUCUAAGUGAUCUCUUUUUCAGUGGAUCUUCUGAAGAAGCUGCAAGCAUCUACGCUAUUUGUAUACAAGAGUGUUCUUCCGACAAAACUGAACUUCUUAUACGGUUACAAGCCGCCAUUGGCAUUAAACAUGUUCUGUUCACAUAUGCAACUCAUGGGACAUUGGCUUUAAUGAUAUUCCUGAAUCGCGAUCUUAUUUGGUAUACUUCAGUGCCUCAGUCUGUUGGUGUGACAACUUCAGCUGCUGUACGAACUAAAGGAGCUGUAGCUAUUUGUUUUAUACUUUUUGGUACAUCACUUCUAUUCCUUUCAGCUCACUUCAAAGCUAAUCAUACAAAUUUUGAUCGAAGAGUUCAAGAUUAUUUACAAGUAGUGAAUAAUAUUAAUCUACCAAAAGUUGGUUUUAAAAAAGGAUAUAAAUAUGAAGAACCUAAUCCAUUGGAUCGUUUUGAUGUUGUAUUCUGGGCAGGAGAUUUAAAUUUUCGAAUACAACGACCAAGGCAUAUUGUUGAGAAUAUAAUUAAAGGAAAAUAUAAACAUAAAACAUUUGAAGAACUUUUAUCAGUUGAUGAAUUACUAAAUGCUCAAUCACAAGGUAUCGUUUUCCAGAAUUUUGAUGAAGGCCGCAUUCGUUUCCCUCCAACUUACAAAUUCGAUCUUAAUUCAGAUGUUUACGACUCAUCGGAGAAACAACGCGUUCCAUCAUAUACGGACAGAAUAUUGUUCUUGUCAAAAAAGAAAGGAAAUUUGAUUUGCUUAGAUUAUAACAGUAUUAACACAAUCCGUUCAUCAGAUCAUAGACCUGUGUUUGCACUAUUUAGUUUAGUUCUUAAACCUGGAUCAGAUAACAUUGCGCUGGCGGCUGGUGCAUUUAAUAGAGAUAUAUACAUAGCAGGUACGUUUAGACAGAUAGAACUGUAA